UUCUAGAAAUGGGAAAGUGCAAACCCAAAUGGAAAACCCAAACUAAAAAGUAGAAAUUGUGAACUAGGACUUCUAAAAUGAGGUUCAAUCUUCAGCACGAUGGGAAUUUGAGCUAUGAUAGUUGUAGAUCUGCAGCUGAAGAUUGUGACUUGCCAUUGCAUGGUCAAACUUUUUGCUGUGUGUGACCCUUCAUCUGUCUUCUUCCUGCUCUUGAUCAUUCAAAGCAUCAUAUGAAUUUUUUGUGGUUACUACUACUUCAGGUGCCUUCUGAUUUCUAUCCUUACCAGUAUUUUUUUCUCACCCCCAAGAUGCCUUCCAGUUCUGUCUUUAUUGUAUUUACUCCUCCUCUACAUCCACUCUUGUUUUCUUUGAAUAUUUUCAGAUACUUUCUCCUUGUUUUUAGGUUGAUUAAUUGUAGUUUCAGUUUUCUUGUUGUCUUUUUCAAUCUGUUCCUUGAAUUGUUUUUCCAGCUCUAGAUUCAAUGCUCUACAUUCAAUCUCUCCAUGUCCCUCUAGUUUGCAGUGCCUACAAUACUUGGGGAGGUAGUCGUAUUGAAUUUUAAUCCACUUGGAUUUGAUUUCUCCAAUAAUAUCAUCCUCUUCUACAAUUUUAAUCCUUUUUGGAUGGUUGGCUAAUAGAUCAAUUUCAACUUUUACCUUGGCGCAACUUGGUCUUAUUUUGUUUUUUGUAGCCAUAUCAACUGUUAGAGGUCUUCCCACUGCAGAGGCUAAGGAAAAUACUGCUUCCUUUGCAAAAAAAUCCGAGGGAGAUCUGGAAAACUGAUCCAUGCAACCACAACUGAAGUUUCUUCAUCUGGGAUAAACCAAGGAUUCCAUAUCAAAGGCCUCAUGUGACAAUACAUAUUGUGAACCUUUAGAUAGUAUGUAGGGGUCGAUAUCAUCCUUAUAUAGUCUUCCAAUAAUGUAAGGCGUAUUAGCAUAUGUCUAUUGUCCAUCAGGCCAAUUUCACAUGGACCUUUAAUUUCACAUUGUAUUGGAAUGACUUUACUUAAUCCUCGCACGUUAGGUUUAUCAUAAGAAAACUUCCCAAGUAUCGCAUAUUGAAGAUUUUCUUGUAUGAUAAGUUUUUUGAUUUCGGAUUAUUUCCAUGUAACUUGUGGUUCCACAUGAAGAUAUUCAAUAGGUUUAGAUGGUACAGCUUGGGUUUGUGUGGUAUUUGUGUAUGGUUUCAACAGAUUCACAUAGCUAAUCGUGUUUGCGGGUGACUGUAUGUUUACUUUUGGCGGCACAACCUCUAGUAGAGGCUGCCCGCCUCCGGGAUUGGCCAUGGUUAGUUGAAAAUAGGGUAGUUUGUAGGUUUACUCGGCUAGGGGUUUUCUUUUUAAAGAGAGGAUCCCGGGAGCCAAACAGGUCUUAAGAUUAUAAAAAAAGGUUGAUCAUUUUCCAGAAUAAUACUAUCCAAGAAAAAAGAGUAAGUCUGGUGAUGGAUUUCUUAGUGGAUAAUAGUCAGUUUGCUUUUGUGCCAGGAGAAUAAUAACUGAUAAUAUAAUCUUAAGUCAUGAACUGGUAAAGGGGUAUGGAUGGAAGGGAGUCUCACCCAGGUGUAUGAUCAAGCUUGAUAUGCAUAAGGCAUAUGAUUCCGUAGAAUGGGUGUAUCUAGAACAAGUGAUGCGUGGGUUGAAUAUUCCUACUAAAUUUGCUUCUUGGAUUAUGAGCUGUGUCCGUACAGUAUCCUACUCCAUUCUGAUUAAUGGGAAUCCCACAAAACCAUUUCAAGCAAAAAAGGGACUACGACAAGGUGAUCCAUUGUCCCCCUAUAUGUUUGUUCUAGCUAUGGAAUACCUCUCAAGAUCAUUGAAGACUUUGAGGAAUAUCCCUGAUUUCAACUACCAUCCAAAGUGUGAGAAACUAAACUUGGUGCAGUUAGGGUUUGCUGAUGAUUUACUCCUAUUUUGUACGGGUGACAUAGGCUCUGUACAAUUGAUGUAUGAUUAUUUUGCUAGAUUCUCAUAGGCCUCUGGACUGAUUGCUAACCUAAGCAAAAGCUCUAUUUAUUUCGGAGGGGUUGGUCAACAUGAACAACAAGAGAUUAUCCAGGCUCUGGCUUUGCUAAAGGUGAGCUAUCAUUUAAAUAUUUGGGAGUACCUCUGAGCACAAAGAAUACAUGCCUAUUAUGGAAAGGCACACCCAAUAUGGCUUUGCAAUGGAUACAUGCCUAUUAUGGAAAGGCACACCCAAUAUGGCUUAAUGUGCUUAAGCAAGCUUCUUUGGUUGUGAGGAAAAACAUGAAGGCUAAGGAGUAUAUCGAGACUGCUGGGGUAAGCAUGGAUGAGAUAGUGAACUGGGAAAAAUUCUCAAUCAAAACUAUGUACUUAAGACUGAAAAGUACCUUUCAAAAAAUGCCAUGGAAGAAGCUAAUUUGCAAUAAUGGGGGACUACCUAAAUGGACCUUCAUUCUAAUUCUAGCAGCUCAGAGAAGUUUACUUACUAGAGACAGAUUGGCGAAAUGGGGGAUCACUGAUGAGACUGUGUGUCCACUAUGCACUGUGGAGAAUGAAUCGAUUGAACACUUAUUCUUUAGCUGCUCAUUCUCCACUAGUGUUUGGAGUAACAUUUUGAGUUGGCAAGGACUUAAUAGACCUGCACUUGGUUGGCAAGAAGAGUUGAAGACGGCAAGUGAUUAUGCCAAAGGGAAUUCUGCUGAUGCCGUAAUUUACAAGAUGUCUAUUGCUGCUUGUGUACAUCAGAUUUGGCAAGAGAGAAAUUUGAGGAUUUUUCAACAUCAAAGCAGACCUGCAACUCCUAUCAUUAGAAUGAUUAUCCAGGAGGUUGUCGGAAAGGGUGCAAUUCAAAAGAAGCUCUCAAGGAAGUUGUCUGAACUCAACUUUUAUCCGUAAUGUGGUGGUUUUGGUAGCUCACUGGAGGUGUAGUAGAUGAGUGGGAUGAGUAGUGAGCAGCCUUGGGGCAUUAUGUCCAAGGUUGCUGGUUGGAAAUUUGAGAAAUUACAGCUUUGUAAAGUUAUAAUUUUUGGUAAUAAAAUUCGUUAGUUGCCAAAAAAAAAA